AUGGUUGUCUAUUCAUUCUACAUCUUCGACCGUCAUGGUAUACAACCUUUCCUUUUGAAACGUAAACAAACAGUGGUUAACGUAUCCGUCCGCGUUCUUCUAGCUGAGUGCAUCUACAAGAGGCAAUGGCUACCUCGUCCUGCAUCGAUAGCUGGUAAAUCUUCACGACCAACUUCCGAAGUUGCGACGCAGAACGGGGUGUCAUCUGUCUAUGGCCAAUCCGCGCGGACAACCGAUGAUGACGCGAAGUUGAUUUUCGGUACUGUCUUUUCACUCCGCAACAUGGUGCGCAAGUUGGGUGGUGAGGAUGAUAGUUUCGUCACCUAUCGCACCAGUCAAUAUAAGCUACACUACUACGAGACCCCUACGAACAUUAAAUUUGUUAUGCUUACGGAUCUGAAAAGUCCAAGCAUGCGAAUUGCUCUGCAACAGAUUUAUAUCAAUCUAUAUGUGGAGUAUGCGUGGUCCCUAGUCGUUAAAAACCCUCUCUCUCCUGUCGAGCAUCCGGGAGGUGUGGGUGUGAAUAACGAACUCUUUGAAGAAUCCCUAGAGCAGUUUGUGGUAUGUUUUGUUGGACUUAGAACCCCCGAGACAGAUGGAAGACUGGCGUUUACGCCGUAUAUUGUGGAGCGUCAGCAGGUGUUCUGA